UCAGACUAUAUCUACAUGUCAUCAUUCAUUGGUUAUGUUCCCAGCCCUGAGGAUUUCCAUACCACCGUAGUAUACAGAAUCAGAAACUUUACUUCUUGUCGACAACACCGCAAACUUAGAGCAUGUGCAUACGAUGUUUAUGACGAUUGGAAUAUACACACUUACAAGGUUCGGUUAAGUGUGGGAAUGUACUCUAUAUUUCUAGACGACUGGCUGAAGGUGUUUCCUCGACAUAACGUUCUAGUUGUUAAAUCAGAGGACACAAGAGGACGAAAUGAAAGGAGCACGUUUAAGAAAAUACUACAAUUUCUUGGGCUAAUCAUGCCGACAAGAAAGUAUAUUAGCGAAAUUAACAGCGAAAGGACAUACAAUAAUCAAAGAAAUGCGGACAGUAAACCGAUGUUAACAAAAACAAAGUUAAUGCUACACGAGUUUUACAAGGCGUUUAACAGAGACCUUCAAAUUCUCUUGCCACAUAUACAGUAUUAAGGGCGGUUUACAAAGUUGAAAUAUAUUUAUAUACUUCACAAAGCUUUUUUUUACUAUUUGUCAAACUUUGUUCCGCAUUCAUAAGGUAUGAUUGUUAAUAAACCUUUUUGGUAACAAAAAAUUCCUAAUAUCGAUGUCCAAUGAAGAAAAACUUUGAAGUACCAGGAGAGAAAUAACACAUGUUCUCACACUUUACACAUCACGUGAUAACAAACAUAAUUAUACUAGUUCUAAGUGUCUUCCGUUUUGAAGCUGCCAGGAUAUGGAACAGUCUCCCUAGUGGUGAUAUCAGAAAAAGUAGAAAACUUCAAACAAUUUGGGAGAUUGAUCGACACCUGAACAGGUCCAAGACUGAAGUAUUCUAUGUGUCGCUUGCUAAUCUUUUAUUAAACACAAUUGUCUUUUACUUGUACUUUGUGUGUGUCAUAUGGUUCAUGACUGUGUAAACAGCACGUUUUUAUA